CACAUGUGCUAUGUGUAAUGAACAGCGGUGCAAGUUCGAGUACCAUGGCUAAUAUAGCCGAACAGCGUAUUAAACGGGAAUUCAAAGAAGUCGUCAAGAGCGACGAGGUUGCGGCAUGCAAUAUAAAAGUUGAAUUACUCAACGAUAACUUCACAGAGCUCAGGGGUGAGAUUGCUGGGCCGCCAGACACUGCCUAUGAAGGAGGAAAAUUUAAAUUGGAAAUCAAAAUUCCUGAAACAUACCCCUUUAAUCCUCCUCAGGUGAAAUUUGUGACGAAAAUCUGGCAUCCAAACAUUAGUUCAGUAACUGGUGCUAUAUGUUUAGACAUCUUAAAAGAUCAAUGGGCAGCUGCAAUGACUCUGCGUACAGUGCUGUUGUCAUUACAAGCUCUGUUAGCUGCAGCCGAGCCUGAUGACCCCCAAGAUGCAGUUGUGGCCCAGCAGUAUAAAGAAAACAAUGCCAUUUUCCAGCGCACAGCAAGACACUGGACCACUGCUUAUGCAGGAGGCCCAAAAACAGAUAAAGAAUUAGAAGAUAAAGUCAUCAGUAUGAAAAACAUGGGAUUUGAUGAGCAUAAAGCCAGAGUGGCGCUGUCAACAAAAGACUGGGAUGUAACGCGAGCAGCCGAGUAUUUGAUCAGCUAACAGUGUUGUUUUAUUUAAUACAGUAAGAUACAAUGAAUUUAUCGCAUGUUCUAUGCCUGCCAUGUUUAAUCCCCCCCUGACACCGUCAAAUUUUUAUCCUUCUUGGUAUUUCUUCAAAAAUGUCUUUCUUUGUGUAUGCAAGCAUUGUGGGUGCAUCAAUGAAAUUUUCCUGAAGUGGUCACAUUAGUUGGGUUAUGUCCUCAGCUAUUGUCAUUUUUUUAUUAACUGAAAUUUACAUAGGAGUACUACUCUAUUAUUUUUCAACCGACCCAUUCCAUAAACUAUCGUAUAAUUAAUUCAUUUGAUAAUUAACAAUUACUUUAAAUGUAUAGACAGCUUAUGACCAGUUAAAUAGCACUCUUUUUGUUUUCAGUGAUUUUAACUUCCUGAUUAAACUGCUAGUUAAUCAUUUUGUGUUAAAAAGUUUUGUCAACAAUUUAGUUUUCCUAUCCAUCAACAUUCAUGUUUCAAAUGUAUUCUCACAGGCAUUUUUAUAAUAAGACAACCGCUAGUAAGGACUAGGCCUAUAUACCAAAUGAAAAAUCCAGUAGUUCUGUCAAUGUUUUAGAGCAAGUUUUUUACCUUUUUAGUUUUUGUUGUCAUUUAUUUUCUUUUUAAUUCAGUUUUUGACACAAUACUUUUGGACAUUCACUUGCCACUGAAAUGACACAAUUGGUAAUUUAUUCUCCUCUUGUCAUUCAGAUGACAUAAAUGGUUAUUUAUUCCACUUCCAUUAUUUGUCUAGGCCUCAAAGGCGAUUAUCAAAAUCAAAGAGUUUCCUCAUACCCAUCAAGUUAAAAAAAUUUCUUUUACAAGUCAUGUUUCAGACCUAGGUCUUCCUAAUUUAAGCCUCAGUCACUUCUUAAAUUUCCAUUGAAUAUACCAUUUACUUUCUUUAUUAUAGUUAAAAUGUCUUGUGUGAUUGUAAUUCACCAAACAUGAUUGGCCUGCUGAUAGUUUUUGACAAACUCUGUGCCCUCAGUGGCCAGGAGUUUUAUGAAGAAUCUGUGUUUCAGAUGCCAGGUUGGAUCUGUAAACAGAACCAGCACUAGGCUUGAUAUAGUGUUAUUGGGUACCUGGGUUGUCCUCACUAGGUUUGAUAUAGUGUUAUUGGGUACCUGGGUUGUCCUCACUAGGUUUGAUAUAGUGUUAUUGUGUACCUGGGUUGUCCUCACUAGGUUUGAUAUAGUGUUAUUGGGUACCUGGGUUGUCCUCACUAGGUUUGAUAUAGUGUUAUUGGGUACCUGGGUUGUCCUUACUAGGUUUGAUAUAGUGUUAUAAGUACCUGAGUUGUCCUCACUAGGUUUGAUAUAGUGUUAUUGGGUACCUGGGUUGUCCUCACUAGGUUUGAUAUAGUGUUAUUGGGUACCUGGGUUGUCCUCACUAGGUUUGAUAUAGUGUUAUUGGGUACCUGGGUUGUCCUUACUAGGUUUGAUAUAGUGUUAUUGGGUACCUGGGUUGUCUUAACUAGGUUUGAUAUAGUGUUAUUGGGUACCUGGGUUGUCAUCACUAGGUUUGAUAUAGUGUUAUUGGGUACCUGGGUUGUCCUAACUAGGUUUGAU